AUGCUGGGUCCCAAGGUGGUCUCCAUAAGCCCUGAUGAUGAUGUCAACAUCAUCACCUUCACCUCACCAACACCAAGACUGGCUUGGCUGCUGCUGGCUCCAUCCGGCCUCGGGCAGUCGGGACCCGUGGAUGGCAGCAGACUGAGACCCUGCAGCAUGGAGCCGAAGAAGGAUCUGUGCCAGAGCCGCCCCGAGACCGAAAUGCAGCACGAAGGGAAAGAGAAGGAAGAGGAGGAGGAGGAGGAGGAGGAGGAGGAGGAGGAGGAGGAGGAGGAGGAGGAGGAGGAGGAGGAGGAGAAGAUAGCAGAGAAUGAGUUGGAGGAGGACCUGGAGGAAGAGGCCGAGGAAGAGAAAGAGCAGCAGGUUGAAGGUGAAGGUAAAGCUGCCGCGAACGCCUCUGUGCCAGGCGAGCAGUGCCCCGAGUGUGGGCAGAGCCUCCCGCCCGGCUGGCAGCCGGGGAAGCAGCAGUGCCCCCAGCCUGGCACCCAGCGCUUCAUCUGCAGCCACUGCGGCCAGAGGCGCUCCAGCCUCCGGCGGCGUCGGGGAGCAACGCAGCCGGACCCCAAGCUUCGGCUGGUGUGCGGCGAGUGUGGCAAGAGCUUUGCCAGAAACGAUUAUCUCAGACGUCACAGUCGCAUCCACACCGGGGAGAAGCCAUUCAGCUGUGAUGUCUGUGGCAAGAGCUUUGCCAGCGGCUCUAGUCUCCGCAGGCACCGGCAAACGCAUGCUGAGAAGAAGCCGUUCCCCUGCCGUGACUGUGGUAAGAGCUUCACCAACAGCACUGCUCUGAUUGAGCAUUGGCACGUGCACACCGGGGAGAAGCCAUACAGCUGCACUGUCUGUGGCAAGAGCUAUGCCAGCAGCUCUAAUCUCACCAAUCAUCGCCAAAAACAUGCUGGGAAGAAGUUCCCCUGUGGUGACUGCGGCAAGAGCUUCAGCAGCAAACCUGCUCUCAAUUUUCACCGCAACAUCCACACUGGGGAGAAGCCUUACAGCUGUGGUGAGUGUGGCAAGAGCUUCUACAGCAGUACUGCUCUCAGAGUACAUCGCCGAAACCAUGCUGGGGAGACAUUCCCCUGUGCUGAGAGUGGAAAGAGCUUCACUGUCAGGUCCCGCCUUAAGCGUCACUGCCUCACCCAUACCGGCGGGAAGCCGUACGUCUGCGAUGAGUGCGGCAAGAGCUUUGUCAGCAACGUUUCUCUCAGUUACCACCGCUUCUUGCACACCGGGGAGAAGCCGUACAGAUGUGGUGACUGCGGCAAGAGCUUUGUCCGCAGCUCUGCUCUCAUCUGUCACCGUUACCUCCACACCGAGGUCGGUCCAUACAGCUGCAGUGAGUGCAGCAAGAGCUUCAGCAGCAUCACUCACCUCAAAGACCACCAUCGCAUUCACACCGGGGAGAAGCCGUUCCACUGCGAUGACUGCGGCAAGAACUUCACCACCAAAUCCCAGCUGAGCAGUCACCGCCAUAUCCACAUCAGGGAGAAGCUGUAUGGCAGCAGUGAACCUGGCAAGAGGAUUCUCCACAGCUCUGCUCUCAGUCAUCACCGCCUCAACAACAUCGGAGUGAACCUGCACAUCUGCGGUGAGUGUGGCAAGACCUUCGGCAACAUCACUCAUCUCAAAGUUCACCACCGCAUUCACACUGGGGAGAAGCCAUUCCACUGUGGUGACUGUGGCAAGAACUUCACCACCAAAUCCCAGCUGACCAAUCACCACCGCAUCCACACCGGGGAGAAGCCGUACACCUGUGCCGACUGCGGCAAGAGCUUCCGGCAGAGCUACACCCUGACUAAGCACCUGCGCAGCCGCAGGCACCAGAAGAAGAACAGCAACAAAGCAUCCAAGAGUCCCCACUCCCAGUGAUGCCAGGAGGUGCCCAGCAGCCAUGUGCCCCUCCUGCCCUCCUGACAGUGCUGGUGCCAGGAUGCCCUGCUGGUAGAGCUGGCCCAACCGUAACCAUUCUGCCAUGAUUUGCUGUGCUGGGAUGUGUGGUUGCUCUCAGCCAGCACUGUCACCUCCACACUGGGGAGAAGCCAAACACCUGCAGUGACUGUGGCAAGAGCUUUACCAGCAGGUCUAUACACAGCCAUUCCUGUUGCCUCAACUCCACACAGAAGCCGUGGCUGCAGUGACUGCAGCAACAGCUUCACCACCAGUCCCAGCCUCACAAGCACCUCCUCUCCAUGCCCAGCUGAAGACGUAGAGCUGCGGUGACUGUGGUAAGAAAGAGCUUUGCCAACAGCUCUGCUCUCAGCUAUCACUGCCUUAUCUACACCGGGGAGACGCCGUACAACUGUGGUGCCGGUGGUAAGAAAGAGAUUUACCAAUAGCUCUGAUCUCAGCUAUCACUGCCUUAUCUACACCGAGGAGACGUCGUACAACUGUGGUGCUGGUGGCAAGAGGUUACAGCAGAACAUUGACCUUACCAAGCACCUGUGCAGCUGCAGCCACCAGACAAAGAAGAGUGGCAGCAAAGCCUCCAGGAGUCCCCACUCCCAGUGAUGCCAGGAGGUACCCAGCAGCCAUGGGCCCCUCCUGCCCACCUGACAACCCUGGUGCCAAGAUACACUGCUAGUAGAGCUACUCCAAGAGUGACCCUUCCGCCUGGUUUUGCUGUCCUGGGAUGUGGGGUUGCUGCACCAAUAGCACCAGUAACAGCAGUUGCUGCUGUGCCAUCCCCAGGCAGAGCACUCAAAUGUGCCUUGUUUGGGGGAGGGGGUCAGAGGGCAGAGCAGAGCGCUCUGAUGACUGGGGUGAGAUCUCUAAGCCGUGCUGGGUCCCAAGGUGGUCUCCAUAAGCUCUGAUGAUGAUGUCAACAUCAUCACCUUCACCUCUCCUCACCAACACCAAGACUGGCUUGGUACACUCAGGGAUUAAGCAAUUGUUGCAUGUUGCUGCAAGUUCCAUGGAAAAUGUGCCUGGAACAGGGAACAAUCCCAAUAAAAGAUUUACCAAGGCUCUUGCAA